UAAAUACUUAAACCUAACCUAACGCGACCUACAUAAGUUAACACUACUCAAGUUAUGGUGUUCAAGUACACUGAAUCAUUGCAAGUCACUGAACAGAAAACGUCAAUACAAGAGAAGGGAUGACCCAAUUUCAGGGCCGGAUAAGGGUCAGUGUACCAACCAUGAGAACUGCAUGAGCAGGCCCAGGACAGUGCAAUAAUUGCAUCAAGUUUAACCGGGUCCGAUCGAUGUGAGGGUAUUUACCUCUCCGGGCGAAAAUAAUCCGGUGCCGGUGAUGUCAGAGUGUAGCGUAGUACGCUUGCGCGGCCGGUGGCGAGUAGCCGGGCGUCAGUCGGUCGCCGGCCCGCGUGAAUCGGGCGCGCGAGUCAAAAUAUGCCGCCCCGCGGCGGCCGGUGAGGCGGCGGCCCCGCCGACCGCCCCGGGUCGACGGGCCAAGCCAGCUCCAAAGACAAGAGCCUCACCAUGUCUUUGCUCAGCGUCACAGUUAAAAAAGCGCGUUAUGUCGGUAUACAAGCAACACAAUUCAACACGUACGUGACACUCAAACUGCAGAAUGUCAAGUCGACGACGGUGACAGUCAAGGGGCCCACACCGUGCUGGGAGCAAGAUUUCCUGUUUGAAACCAACGACAUCAACCAGGGCUUACUAGUAGAGGUGUGGAACAAAGGCGUCAUCUGGGACCGGGCGCUCGGCUACCACUACUUGCCUCUCACCUCCGUCGCUUAUAACGAGGAGUGCGGCGGUCGCUGGGUAGAGCUCGAAGCCCAGUUGAUGAUGCGAGGCGGGGCCGUUGUGGGCACCACGGGGCCCACGGGCCACGCUCUGCUGCUUGACUGCCGGUUUGAACCGCCUUUCGACGCAGAAGGCACGGGCGGCGCCGACUUACAGCGUAAGCUGGAUCUUCUCAACGGUGCCCUCGACGCUGAACGCGCCGAGCAAGCUCGUCGGCAGAUGCAGUAUAUAGCUCAUUCGGGUUACUCCGAGGAUUCCGACUACACGUCGGACCUCAACUAUCCCGUGGGUCAGCAUGCCAACUGCAGCGCCUCGCAGUUCCGUACCGCCGCGCAUCAAAUGCACACGCCACAGAGAUCACUGGAGGUGUCCAGAGAAAAUUCAUCGGAGAGAGAGGAAUAUCAUAUGCACGGAGACACCGACCCGCUUUACUAUAAUAGUCAGCCAAGAACAAAUAGGUUAGAAACGUGGUCACAACUACAUGCUCAAACAAGCGUCGAGUCUGCGAUAUCUUGGCGAACAGCUGCCGAUUGGCAAUCCGCAGAAGACCAAAGGCGGCCGAGCCUGGAGAGGCAGAAUACGCUUUACGACGAAAGUAUGGGCUACGGUUAUGACCCAUAUUCCAAUAGCACGCACAUUAGGGACCAUUCGCAUUUAUCGCAGCAACCCAGCUACGAAGAGUACUUCGACUCAAGUAGCUUCCCGUACCAGAUAUCGUACGCGGCAGAGGACUCAAGGCAGUGGGACAGCGGCGGGCGCUACUUCUACGAUGAGUGCUGCGGCCUCACGCCGACGGAAUACGAGAACAUAGUUAAUAAGAGGCGGUCUUCUGUCGUUCAGUUGCCACAAGUGCCGCAUAAACAGAGGAUCAGCGCGGAUUCGUGGCAGUGGGACAGCGGCGGGCGCUACUUCUACGACGAGUGCUACGGCCUCACGCCGACGGAAUACGAGAACAUAGUUAAUAAGAGGCGGUCUUCUGUCGUUCAGUUGCCACAAGUGCCGCAUAAACAGGCCGAUACCGUCCGGCGGACUGUUAAUCAGUGGGCCCCUUUACUAUACAUAACUGCUGUAACCAUCUGUCGUCCAAUUGGUCUGCCUAAGAUAGUUUAA